AUGAAUGCAUUGAUGGAAAAGAUAAAAGCUGAACAAAAAGAAAAAGCAGAUACUAUCACUGGCAAUACUUAUAUUAUGCUGACACCCGAAGAAAAUAUUGAAGAAUUAUGUGAUGUAGUGGAGGAUCAGGAUGUGGAUAAGGAAGGACUUUCUAGAAAUGUUGAGGGGGAACAAAUAAUGGUGCCAUCAUUUAAAAUCUGGGAAGAGGAAGUUGAUGAUAAAUCAAAUAAUGCUUUGGAGGAGGAUACAUCUGAUGCCAAAUAUGCAAAACUUCAUUAUAGGCACGAACUCGCAGAGAAAAAACUAAGACAUCGAGAACAAGAAAUCCUGGCGUAUGAAAGGUAUCAACAACAAUUAGCUGUUGAACAAUUACAAAAUACAGAUUCUAAACAAUUAAGAUCAGUUGAUGCCUUUCGCAAUAAGGCAGAAGAAAAAUUAGCUAAAUAUGAUCGACUGUUGGGAUUAAGGGAAUCAAUAAAAGAAACCAAGAUGGUGAAACCAGAAAAGAACAAUGGUCAUAUAAUGGUUGAGGUUGUAAUACUCAUUAAACCAAGGAUGUUAAUUGCAAAAUAUCAACCAUUAACUAAAUUUUCCAGACCUCAAGUUCAUAAACAAAUCACAAUAAUGCCUCAAGAAAUUCCAGCUAGACUUUUGAAAAAGAAAGCAUUUUCCUUACCACGAUCUAUUUUUGGUAAAAUUAUGAAAGAACGUGAAAAUUUAAGAAGACCUAAUAAGACAAGAUCAAACCAUUAA